UCUUUCUCUGGUGUCCCGUUUUCAGUUCCAUGGCAGGUUUUCUCUCCACGGUUCGCGUGUGGCGUAACUUCUCUCUACUUUAUUCAUUGUGCUGAGUACUAUUGUUUACUAACUGUUAUCGAGAACAUCUUUAGUUACCGUGGUCGUUGGAUCCGUCUGAAAAACUUUCGAGUGGUUUUCCUUCUAAAGUUCUCAGUUCAUGACAAUAAUCGUGUAGUUCUACGCGUAUGUAUGUUACGUUUCGUUUACCUUUGUGCUCAAUCUCCGAAAUAUUGUGUUUAUGCUCCCCCAUCAAUUCUCUCAGAUCUGUCUGAUAAUCGUGCUUUCUCUGCAGUCUGUGAUUUAGAUUGUUGACGAAAUAUUGAUCGUCUAUCGUUUUCAAAAUACUUGUCGAUUGUGCUCUAAUUCUCCAUUCUUUAAAAUUGUUGUGUAAAUCGGCACUGUGUUUUUAUUAGGUCAUCUGCCAAUUACCUGCAAGUAGAUUACCCUCUAAGUGAAAGUUUACCUAUGUGUACUUGAUUGUGUACAACAUUUUGACAGGACAUCCUCUUCUCUUGGUCGUUAGAUUGAAGCUGCGGGAAGCCGAACGGGUUGCAUAUCUGCAAGGCGGCGGCUGCGGCGGCGGCCGAGGGGGAGGCCUCGGGGGUGGGGGCGGGGAUGGUGGCCGAGCCCGACAGCGGGAUGGAGUCUGCGGCCUCGAGCUGGGAUCGGAGCGUGGCCGAAGUCAAGGAGCACGCCUUCGCGCGCCUCCAGGACGAGCUCCGCCGCGCCAACGAGGAGCUCAAGCUCAGGGAUGAGGAGGUCACCCGCCUCAGCAGGAUCCGCCAGGAAGUCGAGGCCGAACUCGAGGAUCUCACCGCCAGCCUCUUCCAGGAAGCUCACAAAAUGGUGCGGGAGGCGAAUCUGCAACAAGCGGCGGCCGAGAGGAGCUUGAAGGAGAAAGCAAUGCAGGUCGACGUGCUGACCGCAGAAGUGGCAGCCCUCAAAACCCUCGUGCUCACCUCCACGCCCAGCAAACCGAAUCUCCACUUGGUCCACGACCAAAAGAACAAAGACGACCCCGAUACUCCAAGCAGUAGUAGACUGAAGAAACAUAGGAGAUGUCCGUCUCACUUUAAUUUAAAGUAUGGGCGUGAGAACUCACCUCCUGAUUCACCAACUGAAGAACAAAAUCCCAUCUCAAAUCUAGACUCUAUCAUGAGCAGUGAAAACUGCGAGGUUGAUCCUGUGUUCCAUAAAGAAUUUCUUGCAUGGAAACAAAACCCUACUCUAGAUAAAUCGAAUGAGUUCAUCGCGAGGAUAUAUCGUGAAGACAUAGAACAAUGUCUUGAUUUUAAUAAUACUCAACUUGCUGAAGAAAUAAGGACGGCUGUUGAUAACGGAGAUAUUUUUAUUGAGGCUGUGAGUGAAAAAAUGAAAUCCCCGUUUGCAAAGAAAUGUGUUUUGCUAGAUUCCCAAAGCGUUUGUAAUUAUCGUUUAAGAUUAAGCAAUAGUGAAACAUGGUAUCAUAUAUCUCAAAUAUGCAGGAAUAGGAUAACAGCUGUUUGCAACUUCCUCAAUUAUUUGCGUUACAUUCAAAGAGGUCUUGUUAAGAGUUCAGUCCAUGACAUCUAUUGGGAAAUCAUCCGACUACGAAAAGAAAUGAUGCUUGCUCGUCUUGGACUUUCAAUCUCCACAUCUUAAAGAAUCAAGCUAUCAAGAAACAUGAACUGAAUUAAGUUUUACAAAAAAGGAGUUGUCAUCCUCAAAAUACUCUCAUUUUUUACUGAAUUUUAUACCUCUUGAUCAAUACUCUUCCUUUCCUCCAGUAUUAUAAGCAUUUUUACACUUCCCUGAUGGAUAUUUGAAUGCUUCCUUAAAACUGGAUCAUAUUGGAUUUUAUGAGCGAAGUUUCUUACUGAUCAGAUAUGACCCCCAAAGGAUGGGAUCGUUCCAUACAUGGAAACAAGAGUGAAAUUGGUAUCUUGCGUCUCAAAGAAUUUUAUUUCUUGAUCGUAUAAUAAUAAUAUUUAAUCCUCCUUGUCAGUCCUUAAUGUAAAAUUGUGUAAAUGUUCUAUAAAAAAAAUUAACAGAAUCCAUGGAGAAGGUUCAAAUAAUAAUAAAACUGUAUGUUUGGCCUUCCUGGAUGAGUGCUCAACAAGUUGAAAAGAACCGUGUUUCUUGAUGCAAACUGUAUGCGACUGAUGGGUUUUCUUUGAUCUUAGUAAUUUUUGCUGUUAUAAAAUGGGCUAUUUCUUUUCAAAAUAUCAUGGAUUCCACGCUAAGUAAGUUCAUGCACUUUUAGAUCGCAACAGAAGAUCGUGUGAUGUCAGUUUAGCAUUGAAAGUAAAUGCAAGAAUGUAAUGCUAAAUUGACAUCACUCAAUGUUCUGUUGCAGUCUCAAAGUGCGUUAAAUUUUUAGGCAUGGACUCUCGUAUCUAUCAUUCUUGAGGCUAACCUAUCUUCAAAAUAACGUUACUAAUUGAUCUGAUUUCUCUCUUGAAUUGUUGCAAUUUUUCUGUUUUUUAUUUGGUCCCUCAAAAGAUCUAAAAUCAUUGCAUCGAAACGAUCUCGACAAAAAUUAAAUAACCUCGAGUCAAACAUUUAUAGUAAAAUUGAUUACAUAGGUACAUCAUUGUACCGCCUCUCUUGUGUUCUCCAAAUUAAUGUGUUAUGGUGGAUCUGGCGUGUACUUACGGUUCAUAUUAUCAUAGCAGAAUUUUGUAAAUAUGCUGUGUCUUAAUGUUAUAGCACGAAAAUUACAUUUAAAUCAAGACCAAUUCACACAGGUCAGUCAUGUCCGUGGACAAGUUUUCAAAUUCCUCUGCGCAUUGGUGGCGGGAAGUUUGAAAGCAAUGCAUUUCUAAUGGGAACAGUCAAUUUCACGUCAUACUUGCUGCAGUCAAGUAAAGGUCAGGCAGAGGAGUGAAUUUAAAAAAAAAUUGCGCAAUGACUGACCUGUUUGGAUUGGUCUUGAUUUGAGUGAUCGUGAAAAGUAUAUUUAAAUGAAAUAAUAGAAUGGUGUGAAGUGGCACAUGACCAGAAUUUUAUUCUGAAGAUGUAUCUACAAAAUUUUAUACUGAUGAUUCUAGAAUUUCUCUUUUACUAGAUCAAGUUUUAAAAAGGAAAUCAGUCACCUCCUAAAAUUUGUUUGCAUAAACCAAAGACUAAUUUGUGCUUCAGCUAUUUUAAUGUUUAUCAAUCCUACAAGGUUUUAAUCCAGUAUAAAUCGUGUCCAGUCAGAUUUUAAUAGUUUAUAAAAAAAUAUGUAUAAAUAAAUAAAAUAAAGUAAAACCAACGAAAUUCGGAGGGCUAAAUUACAUUAACACACAAAUACAUAUUAUAUUCUUAAUGAGCUUUCCAUUUACCUCUCACCCAAUUUUUAAGCAUAUCGUAACAUUUUGUGCAAUAUGAUUCUCCUCUUUCAUUUUUGUUAAUAGCAAUAUUUUAUUUUGUCAUGAUCAAAGAAAGAAAUGUUACAAUUUCACUGUAAUCGUAUGUGUAAUUUUCCCUGUAUGUCCUUUGAAAAUUGAUUUCAGACUCUACAAAUCAGAUCUCUAAUUUAAGUUGGUGCAAUAUCUAUAAAUAAGCUCACAGGAAUCGUUGCUGUUGUCAAACGUUGGAAGAUAGAUCUAAAUACAUUCAUACCUAAGUUUUAAAUGUGAUCAAUUUACAUCACUGUCAUUCUUUCAACUAAUUUUAGGCUAAUUUAUACAGCAAUCUUCAAGACUGUUAAAGUAACCAUUGCUAUGUGAAGUAAAUGCAUUUUCCAAAUUUUAAUAUGCUAUCGCGUUGCAGCUCAGCAGCUCUACGCUAGUAUGACAAUGAAUUUUAUUAAUUUCAUCUUGGCUGCUCAUAUUGUAAGAAGCCCUAUCGAAGAAUUUCUGUUCAUUAAGUUUGAAUUAUUUGUAACCAAAGAUCUCGAAUAUUUUGUUACUUUUACCUGUUCAUUUUAUCGAAUUCAAGAUUCAAUACAAAGGAUCCUUUUGAUGAAGGCCUUUGGAAAAGAAGGAUUUACGCACUUUCAUUUUGAAAGCCGCUCCAAUUUCAAACAUUUGUAGUAUGAAAUACAGCAGGUAGGUAUUCUGUUUCACCUAAUCCUUAAUUUGGAUAUUGUGAGUACAUAUUGGAAAACAAUCAUACUUUUUAUGGAAUAACAGGUCACUGCUCAAAAAUUUCGAGUGAUAGCUAGCAUUUCUAUUAGUAGAGUAUUAAUGAACUGUGAACAUGUCUGCUCUCUUGUGAGCAAACACUCACUGUUCACCUUUUCACCUCCUCUGCAUGCAUUUAUUCUGACUAGAGUAAUACAUGAUCAGAUUUUUAGAAAUCAUAAUGAAUCAGUUUAAAUAUACAACACUGAAGGUUCUUACGCCAGAGUGCAAGACACAAAGGUGCUCAAGUCAUGAAAAACUUGAUUUUGGAUCAUUGUUGAACCCAUUUUGCCGAACUACAGUAUAAUACACUUACAUUGAAGAGCGGUCUUCCCUGAUCAUGUACAAAGUUGCAUACCUAUUUUAAGAGCACAAACUCAUUUCAUUUGUUUCAAAAUUAAGAUCAUUGUGUAAAUUAUCAAGUUGUAACAUAUACUCUGGAACAUAGGAGUUUUAUUCGGAGACUUUUCCUGGUCUAUAUAUAUUUUAUUUUACUGUUUGAUUGCCAUCAAAUUAACUUAUUUUUAGUAUUGUAAUUAAUUAUUUGUGCAAUCAAAGGAGAUGUACAUUGUUUAUACAUUUGUAAAUUAUUAUAUACUAUAUUGAAUGAACAUGCAGUCAUAAAUGAAUCUCUCUAAACAAAAAA